AUGGCAGCAAGGAAGACUUAUCUGCUUACUCCAAACUUCGGCUUCACCCGGGAUGGUGCGAUAGCAUUGGGCAACAUCAUCGCGGAUCCUUUCGCACCCCACAGACCCUUGACCACUCUCGAUGCCAGCAAGCCUCAUCCCGAAAUCACAUCUAAGCUAGACUACGACUACACAGUCACUCGAAACAUCGACCGAGACAUCAGCGCGGGAACUUGGACGAAGUUCCUCGGCAUUGUGGGAGGCAACGUCGGCGCCCAGAGAGGCAAUGGAACCAACACGGAGUACAAGAUGGAGUCACUUGAGACCAUCAUGUUCAGGACUGAGCCAACCGAAGCAAUGGUCACCGAAAGACUCCAGCAUCCGCUCGUUCGCAACAUCAUGCAUUACAAUAGCACAUUCCGCCGUCCUAUUUACAUGAUUAGCGGGAUCAAGGUCGCGAAAGGCAUGAAGUGCACGACCGAUAAAGGCUCGACGAAGGGAGGGAAUGUCGGCGCAACGGCUCCAGUCACCGAGGGGGUGUUCUUGGGUGCGACUGUGGAUAUGUCGCAAAGCAGAGACAAAUCGGAGUCUUUCCGAGUUGGUGUUGACGUGGUGUUUGCUUACCAGCUAUUGAGGAUUGGCUUGAAGGGUUGGAAGGCGGAGACAGUUACUCUGGAUGAGUUCAUUCCUAAAGAAGCUCUCCUGAGCGAUAGCUCGGACGAGGGAGAGUAG